AUCCACUGCCUCCCCGUCCGUUUCGAUCCCCAUCCCCACGUCGCAUUCCGCAACCCCGUAACACCUCCCCCUCCCUCUCCCUCUCCCUCCAUCUGCGGCGACGCCCCUCCUUCGCCUCCCCCCUCUCCGACCGCCCCCGCCGGCGCAUCCGCCGCCGCAGAAGCCCGAUCCGACCCCCGCGAGGCAAGGAAUCCUUGAUAAACCUGAUGGCGAUGAUUGAUGAGCCUCUGUAUCCAAUUGCUGUACUGAUUGACGAGCUUAAGAAUGAGGAUAUUCAAUUGCGUCUAAACUCCAUCAGAAGACUUUCCACAAUUGCACGGGCGCUUGGGGAAGAACGAACUAGAAAGGAACUGAUCCCUUUUCUUAGUGAAAACAAUGACGAUGAAGAUGAGGUGCUUCUUGCAAUGGCUGAGGAAUUGGGUGUGUUCAUUCCUUAUGUUGGGGGUGUAGAGCAUGCUCAUGUUUUGCUUCCACCAUUGGAGACAUUGUGUACGGUGGAGGAAACUUGUGUCCGCGAUAAGGCAGUUGAAUCUCUGUGCCGUAUUGGUGCACAGAUGAAGGAAAGUGACAUUGUGGACUGGUUCAUUCCAGUAGUAAAGAGGCUAGCAGCAGGUGAGUGGUUUACAGCUCGGGUAUCAUCCUGUGGUCUUUUCCACAUAGCCUAUCCAAGUGCGCCGGACCAAUUGAAAACAGAAUUGAGGACUAUCUAUGGUCAGUUAUGUCAGGAUGAUAUGCCUAUGGUCAGAAGAGCAGCUGCAUCAAAUCUUGGAAAGUUUGCAGCCACAGUUGAACAAAGUCAUUUGAAGACAGAAAUAAUGUCAAUAUUUGAUGAUUUAACCCAAGAUGAUCAAGAUUCAGUGCGUUUGUUGGCUGUUGAAGGCUGUGCUGCUCUUGGUAAAUUGUUGGAACCGCAAGAUUGUGUGGCACAUAUUCUCCCAGUCAUUGUCAAUUUCUCCCAGGAUAAAUCCUGGCGUGUUCGUUAUAUGGUCGCCAAUCAAUUGUAUGAGCUCUGUGAGGCUGUUGGCCCUGAGCCUACAAGAGCUGAUUUGGUGCCUGCAUAUGUUCGUCUCCUUCGUGACAAUGAGGCUGAAGUGCGGAUAGCAGCUGCUGGAAAAGUUACUAAGUUCUGUCGCAUAUUAAGUCCACAGCUUGCCAUCCAACAUAUUCUUCCAUGUGUUAAGGAAUUGUCAUCAGAUUCGUCCCAGCAUGUUCGUUCAGCUUUGGCUUCAGUCAUUAUGGGAAUGGCUCCUGUAUUGGGAAAGGAUGCUACCAUCGAACAACUUCUUCCUAUUUUUCUUUCUUUAUUGAAGGAUGAAUUUCCUGAUGUUCGACUCAACAUAAUCAGCAAACUUGAUCAAGUUAACCAGGUUAUUGGAAUUGACUUACUCUCUCAAUCACUGCUACCGGCCAUUGUAGAACUUGCAGAGGAUAGGCACUGGAGAGUUCGGCUUGCAAUAAUUGAGUACAUCCCAUUGUUAGCAAGUCAGUUAGGUGUCGGGUUUUUUGAUGACAAGCUGGGGGCACUCUGCAUGCAAUGGUUGGAAGAUAAGGUCUUCUCAAUCAGAGAUGCUGCCGCUAACAACUUGAAGCGCCUUGCAGAGGAGUUCGGUCCAGAGUGGGCAAUGCAGCAUAUAAUUCCUCAGGUGCUGGAGAAGAUCAACAAUCCGCACUAUCUGUAUCGCAUGACAAUUCUGCAAGCUAUCUCAUUGUUGGCCCCUGUCAUGGGUGCAGAAAUCACUUGUCAAAAGCUGCUUCCAGUCAUCAUUAAUUCCUCAAAGGACAGGGUUCCUAACAUCAAGUUCAAUGUUGCAAAAGUACUGCAGUCACUUAUACCGAUCCUUGAUCAAUCUGUUGUGGAGAAGACCGUGAAACCAUGCCUUGUUGAGCUCAGCGAGGACCCUGAUGUGGAUGUAAGAUACUACGCAAACCAGGCCCUGCAGGCGUGCGAUCAGAUGAUGGUGUCGAGCUAACUAGUCUGAUAUAGAGCUUGAUUUUUUUUAUUCCAAUUUUGGAGUAUCUGUAAUUUGGCCUUUAGAUUGAAAAGUUCCUUCUAGCCUCAGUAACAGAUCAACACUGCCAUGCUGGUAAAUGGACGGUCUUGAUCCCUUGUUCGUUGUGUUAUUAAUGUUGUAAUUGAGCUAGACAACACGUCGUUAUUAUUGUGUGUUUACAAGGUAGAUUGUAAUUUGCUUUCUGAUUAGUGGCUUGAUGUGCCUAAUGUGGUUUCGUUGAGACUUGCACUUUC